CACUCAGUGGUGGGUGACCUUCACGUAGUCGAUUCUCGUUGCAUUGUUAUCGGCCGAUAUGAUCUUGAAGUAAGGCAUUCCCAAGACCGUCAUGUAACAGCUUCGGGAUAAGGCACGGGACAUCUUCUGCACAAUUCGUGCAAUAAAUAGUUUUCCUUUUGUGCUUGAGUAGUGAGUUAUGAAUUAAAUGAUAGAAGAAAUGUUUUUUUUUAUUCAGUGAUGGUUGUUCAAAAAUGAUGGCAGAAGUACGAACAAAAAUUUAAAUUUAUUCAAAAUUUUGAAUAAAUCAAACGAAGUUAAUUAUUAGGGAGGCUUUAUUGGGAUGAAGUUCGAAGGAAACUUGAUGAAAUCCGGAACCGGUCAAUGCGCUUAUAUGGACGUUGACGCUAUAUAUUUUCAACUCUUGCUUCUGCUGAAACAAGGCAUUUCGAAAGGGAUGAUGCCUAAUUUCUACGAUCAUUCACGCCCCACUAUGGUACCCACGAGCUCGGCAAUGCUUGGGCCUCCGACCAUAAGUGGGGAGCAGCAUUCAAAAAAACAGCAGAUUGUCCCGUUUGAUCUGGAAGCAACACUGCAAGCUGUGGAUAAUGAAGUACUUGAAGGCGAAGAAGGCAGUUGUCCUAUUUGCAAUAAAACUUUCAGCCGGAAGACAUCUCUGUUGAAUCACAUACGGAACCAUACCGCCGAGAAGAAGUAUAUUUGCGAGUAUUGUCAGAAAGGAUUCUCCCAACAAGCCAAUCUUCGCAAUCAUGUUCGCAUACACACAAAUGAAAGACCAUACGUUUGCAUAGAUUGCGGUAAGGCCUUUACUCAAAUCACGAAUCUCAACAAUCACAGACGGUUGCACACUGGCGAGAGACCUUACGUGUGUAUCGAAGCCAACUGCGGACGUUCAUUUGCACAAGUGACAAACUUGAAUAAUCAUAUGAAAACGCAUCACAAAACCCAACAGUACGUAUGUAACCAAUGUCCGAGACGAUUCUAUCAAGCGACACAGUUGAACCUUCAUUUGAUAUCGGAACAUAGUACCACGAAAACAUUUUUCUGUCCCCAAUGUCCCGACAAGCGUUUCAAGUCCCAGUCACUUUUUCAGCACCAUCUCAAAAUCCAUGGUUCUAACUUUGGGUACCCGUGUUCGAAAUGCGACGAAAGGUUCAUUCAGGAAUCUCAUCUCAUACUACACAUGACACAUCAGCACGGAGAUUACGCGUGUAACAUGUGCUCGAUGACGUUCAACGAUGAAGUUUUGCUGAAAAAGCAUGUCCAAAGGCACUUGGAUGGAAGAUUUCUAACCUGUCCGGUGCUGGGCUGCAACGAGGGAUUCACCAUGAAGAACCAUUUGACGAAGCACAUGCAGAUGCGUCACCCAGCGAUCGAUCUCAAGAAAGGUUCGGCUGUCUCCACCGUGGAAGCAGCUAAACGACCUCCGAAACACUGUUGCCAUUAUUUUAACUGCAAUGAAUCGUUUGAUACCUCCGAUGGACUGAGCCAGCAUCUGCGAGCAGCCCACGGGCUUCCAAUUGCCAUGCCGGAGGAAAAGAAGGCACCGGCCGUAGAUGGUGAUGUUAGUAUGGUACACGUACCCCAUUCGACACCCGCAAUACUAGGGGCUAGUUUUCAAUCCUAUCAGCAGCAAAUCAGCGAAGCACAACAUCAGCAAUCUCAGCUGCAGGCAGCCGACAAGCAGAAACUGUAUUCGGUUUCAGAUUUACUCAGUAUGAGUGAAGAACUACAGCAGCAUCAACAUCAUCAGUUACAUCAACAGCAUCAGCAGCAACAGCAACAAAAACGUGCACACCACAACGGAACGGCCGAUGUCGAGCAAAAUAUAGAAGACAGAGUUAACAAUCUAAGCCGCAUUAAAACGGAACUGCAAACCAACAUGCAAAUUCACAGUCUGUUCGGGCUAACGAACUCGAUGUGUAUCAAUUCGUUCACGACGCCGCCGGUCGCGAAGCUGGUGUGCAGCUUUUGCUACAACGUCUACAAAACGCCGCAAACCCUAUCGAGGCACAUCGAAAAGUUUCACAGCUAAACGUCGACAAGCCGUCGUGUGUGAAAUGUUUCCUCGUCACGAUGCUGUAUCGCAGCCGUUGCAUGCAAUCGUGUAGUGUAGUGUAGCAGUGGAUGUAUGUCGUGCGUCCUUUGGUCGUUUCCUUGACUACUACUGAAUAUUGAAAAGUAACAAACUGUACAUAUAUAUUCAUUAGCAUUUAAUGAAUAGUCAUAAUUUGAUAAUAAAUCAAUCAUUGUUGACGUGUCUAGACUUCGAAUUAAAUUACGCAUAAAUUGUUUAAGGUACCGACUGCUACAUUGCAUCUAUGGUUGCGAUACGUUGAUUUAUUAUAAGAAAAGUACAAACUGCUCACCAAAGGUGUCGUUCCGAAAGUUCAAAAUCGCGUAAUUUGAGGAACACAUCUUUGCCAGCAAAUACACAGACACAAAAACGCAUCGAGUAUUUAAAUUUUUUGUUCAACAUGGUUGCAAUAUGACGUCUACAAUAUAUAGUACGGUGUUUUUAGCGAAUACAAGGUCUAUUAGAUGGCACAUACCCGAAAAAUACGGAAGUAGUAUUUAGAUAUUUUUAAUUUAAUGUUUAAGGUUUCUUUAGCUAUUUACUUGACGAUAAAGGGGAAAUGUGUAAUGGCGGAGACAGUUCAAGUCCCGCCCCCAUUAUGGUGGGUUUUAUCAGUCGACUAAAUGUGCUAAAGAUACAGAUGUUUGGGUAAGACGCCAUGAUCCAGGGCAAAAUCAAAAGAAGAACCUUUUCCAGUCAACUGUUUCGAAUAAGAUUUAUCAAAGACUAUUUUUGUAUUUCGAAACUGUGUUACUCUAUUCAGGAAUAUUUUGUGAAACUGAAUGAAUAAAGACGAUGUCUAGUCCAA